AGACGAGAGUUCUAGCGCGCCGAGCUCGGGCGUGAUAGAGGGCACAGGAUGUUACGCCGAGUGGGGGAGGCGUUUUUAUGCCCAGCAGAGGAUGCUCAAGAGGCCCCUUAGGGAUGAAGGAGGUGAAGAGAAACGUGCACGUCGAGAGGAGGGGGAACUGUGCACGCCGACGUUUAAACUCCUGGCGCCCAAGACCCUGGCCAGCACCAUCCAGCGAUGGCACGGCCCUGGCUCGGCCCUGGCUCACCAUCUCCCUGUCGGGGCGUUCCAUGUUCAGCCGCGGGGUGAUCGAGCAUGCCGCUCAAGGUAAGCUUCACCUCACCGAGCCGGACGAUGUCUAUCCCGGCACCGAUCAACAGGUGAUCACCCUGGAGUCCACUGGUUGGGAACACAUCGUCAUGGCGAUGCGCCAGGUCCUGGCGAUGGUGAACAACUGCACUGAGUGCGUCAUGCCCGGCCAUGAGGACGAACGGCGCCUGGCCGUGGUCAUGCCUUCUCGUUCGAUCAGCGCGCUGAUUGGUGUGAAAGGCGCCAAUGUCAAGGAGCUGCAGCUCCGGACAGGCUGCCACAUCCACGUGGACGACGUGGCCAUAGGCCAUGGUCCUGGGGGAGACCGAGCUGUGAACAUCAAUGGCCUUCCAUCCGGGUUGGAGCAAGCGAUUGUUCGGACGGUGGAAGUGGUGCAGGAGUCCCAUGACCAGGUGUGGUUCCGGAAGUGGGCCGAGCGCAGCAAUGCUGAGCGCUUGGAGCAGGAGCAGGCACCGCCCCUCCGUGGCGGACCUGCGCGGCAGAACAGCGAGCCGGACAUCAACGGCAUGGGGAACAUGAUGGGGAACAUGGCGGCGAUGAUGGGGAACAUGAUGGGCAACAUGGGCAGCUGUGGCGGCAUGAGCAGUAUGGGCAUGAACAACUGCGGGAUGGGCUCCAUGGGCUCCAUGCCGAUGAAUGGCUGUGGCUGCUGUGGCUGUGGCUGCGGUGGUUGUGGUGGCUGCGGUGGCUGCGGUGGCUGCAUGGGUGGCAUGGGCCGCUGUGGCUGCGGAGGCUGUGGCUGUGGUUGUGGGAGCCUGCCGAACCAGAUGGGCUGCCCCGGCUGUGGUGGAAGCAGCUGUGGCAGCUGCUGCGGGAGCUGUGGGGGUGGCUUGGAGAUGGGCAACAGCAUGGGCUCAGAUGGCUCAGAUCUGGUGAUGCGCGUCAUGGAGGAGAUGCCUUCCUUCGUGUCCCGUGAUCCUCGUGGCUUCAUUCUGCGAAGUGCGGUGCCCCUGCGCAUGGCGGAAGCCCUCCAGCAGAAGGCAGUCCAAGUGAUGGGCUCGACCUUCACGAAGAUCAGCUUCAGUGGGGACGUCAGCUCCAACGCCCGCAUCAUGAGUGUCCAGGGUUCUCUCUUCAACAUCUGCGCCGGCUUCAUGCUGAUGAUGCGCCACUAUGUGGAGAUCGAGCAAAAUGGCUUCUGACAUGUGGCAGUCGUCUCACCAGUAGCGGGGGUCGCUAGCGAGAAGAAGUUCACAAGAUCGAUGCGCCCAAUGAGUGUGUUUUUGGA